GCCGGCGCGGGAGGAGGCCAGCGCGGCUCGGGGCGCCGGGGACGCGGCCUUGGGGCGAUCCCACCCCGCCAGUCAGCAGAGACUUCCUGAGGAUGCUCAAGAAAUAAGGUGCCCGGGGCCACUCUGAGAGCUGUCCCUUCCUGCUCACGCAGGCAUCGUGUGCUGGGAGCUGAGCCGAGGCGGUGUGGACCUCAUCCCUCAUCCCUCGUCCUUGCAACAGCCCCUCAAGAUUGCUGUGUCCGUCACACCCACUUCACAGACACUGGGUCAAGGAGUCAGCAGAGAACACUGAACUAGAAGAACAAGCACAAAGUCGUCAUGGCUUCGAUGUCUACUCAUGGAAACCAAGAUAAAGGUCCCCAUUUUCCACCUCCAAGCAAGCAGAGCCUGCUGUUUUGUCCCAAAUCGAAACUGCACAUUCACAGGGAAGAGAUUGCAAAGAUUAUGCGAGAAUGUCAAGAAGAAAGUUUCUGGAAGAGAGCUCUGCCAUUUUCUCUUGUAAGCAUGCUCGUCACCCAGGGCCUAGUCUACCAAGGUUACUUAGCAGCUAAUCCUAGAUUUGGAUCAUUGCCUAAAGUCGCACUUGCUGGCCUCUUGGGAUUUGGCCUUGGGAAGGUGUCAUACGUAGGGGUGUGCCAGAGUAAAUUCCACCGCUUCGAAGAUCAGCUGCGGGGGGCUGGGUUCGGCCCGCACCAUAACAGGCACUGCCUGCUUACCUGUGAGGAAUGCAAGAUAAAGCGUGGAUUAAGUGAGAAUCCGGGUUCACAGCCGUCAGCUUCCUAAACUCUGUGCCUGUGGCUUUUGAAGUUUUUUAAACUUUUGAUUUGUACACAUUUAAAAUUUUAAGUGUACUUUAAAAUAAAAUCCUCCUAAUGGAACAAAA